GCUCACCACCCAGACACCCACCAACCCAUCACAGAUCCAUCCAGCUCCAACCCUAACCCUACCCGGAUCCUCCCCCCCCUCGCAGCUCCCCCCGGAUCGCCCACCUCGAUCACGCAAAUCCGCGCCGAUUCGACGCCCGCAGUCGGUUCCUGCUUCCAUUUCGCGGCGGAAUUUUGGAGCUUUCCGCAGGAGCAGCAAAAUGGAUCACUUGGAUGAGCAUGACAGUGAUGACAUGAAAGUAGGGGCAGCCUCUGAUGGCACUGCCACCAGAUUGAGAAAGAAGAGGUCUAAGAUUUGGGAACAGUACAGGCCCAUCUUUGUAGAUGGAGCGAUUCAGAGCGCGGAAUGCCUCUACUGCCAUAUUCACAUGAGUUGCAGAGGUGCUGAUGGGCAGUCCAACGGAACAAGCCAUUUGUGGCGACACCAGAAAAUUUGCCGAGCAAAAGAUGGGUUCGGUCCGAGCCCGCUGCAGCAGGAUGCCGAUUUGCCAUACGUGGUGAGUGAAGUAGAUCCUGUGGACCAAAUUCUUCCAGAUUCACUUGAUGGAGUAAACUUGGUGACCCGUAGUGAGAAUAGCAAAUUCAGGUCAAAGGUAUGGAAGGAUUUUAUACCAUUCUAUGUUGAAGGGAGAGUCCAGGGUGCUGACUGUGUCCAUUGCCACAAGCGACUCAGUGCGGAUAAAGGUAGAAGCCAUUUGACCCGACAUACUCAGACUUGUCCAGCACGAAGUGGAAAUAGCAUAAAUCAUCAGCAGGGUGUGUUGUUCCAGUCCAGUGUACCGAGUUUUAAAUCUAGGCUUCAAGAUGAGCUUUCACCAGCCUUGACAAAUGGUAAGGUUCAGAUUGCAGAGUAUGCUAGUAAGUUCCUCAAGGGCAGUUCUGGUAAUAGAAGCCCAGUGGAACGUCACAUUCUAGCUUUGCCAGCAAUGGAUGAGACAAAUUCCACAGAACAAAAUACCACAUCAGCUCAGACUGCUGCAGAUAUAAGCAGGAAAUUUGACCAAGAAGCAUCUUAUCAAGAGCUAACUAAAAUGAUUAUUUCACAUGGCUAUCCCUUGUCAAUUGUGGAACAUGAAGAAAUGAAAAGGUUUGCAAAGAGCCUGAACCCUGCAUUUAACAUGGCUUCGAGCAUUGAUAUAGAAGAGUAUUCAACUCUUUUAUUUCAGAAAGAAAAGACUGAUCUAAAGGAAAAGAUUGCUCUUUUAUCCCAUCGGGUUUCCUUAUCAGCAAGUGUGUGGGCUCCUCAUGGAGCUGAGGCCUCAGUGAAGUAUCUCUGUCUGGCAGUGCAUUUUAUUGAUUCUGAAUGGAAACUUCAAAGGAAAAUCAUCAAAUUUGGUGUGUUUUGGUCCUCACCUACUAGUUUAGAAAGGAUGAUACAUUUUAAGGAGGCCUGCGUACUGGAUUCUGAUAGUGGACCAUUUAAUGUCAUACAGGAAGCUUUAAGAGAUUGGAAUCUUGAUCAGAAGCAUUUCAGCUUGACAUCUGUCAAUGCAAUUAGAAGCGAUGAGGGUACCUCAAAGCUGAUGGACUUGCUCAUCCAAAGAAAAUGCCUUCCUAUUAGAGGUGAACUGUACAAUGUUGCUUGUGUGGAUGAUGUGCUUAACAGCAUUGUUUCAAAAGGGCAACCAGUGCUUCACCAUGUUGGUGACAUACUAGAGAAAUUUAUUCAGGUACAAAUGUCCUCAUCGCUGACUCGGCAGCAACUUUUAGAAGUUGUUACACAUAUUGGAUUGAAGUGCCCACAGGAGGAUGCAAAAUGGUGGCAUAAAAUUUACUUCAGGCUUGAAGUUUUUCUGCAUUUCAAGAAGGCAUUCCCCUCGGAAGAAUUGUUAUCUGCAGAAGAUACUAAAACUGUGGAAUCUGUUUGCAGGAUACUGAGGGCUUUUUAUCGUGCUGUUGAAGUAAUUUCUGGUCCUGUUUGCCCCACAGCAAAUAUAUACUUCAAUGAACUAUGGAAAGUUAGAACAACUUUGCAAGAAGAAGCAUCCUCUGAUCACACUGAACUUGCUAACAUGGUUUGGGUGAUGCAAGAAGCGUUCAAUGAGUAUUGGCAAAGUUCAUACGUGUGGCUGUCAAUACCUGUUGUUCUUGAUCCGAGAUUCAAAAUUACUUUUAUUGAGUUCCGUCUAAAGCGAGCUUUUGGUACUGAUGCGGAGAAGUAUGUAUCUGCCGUGCGUGAUGCAAUAAGGGAGCUGUUCCAUGAAUAUUGUGGUCCUUCAGAGAAGUCAGGGCUUGACACAUCAACUCGUGAAGCUCGUAUUGUUGAGUUUGAUGGAUUUGAUAGUGAUUCAUUGGAAGAUUGGGAUGAGCAUCUUAAUGCACAGACAAGGAGCCAACUAAUGACAGAACUUGACAACUACCUUGAAGAUGGUCUUGUCCCGAGAAAGGAUGAUUUCGAUAUUCUGAACUGGUGGAUGAAUAAUUCUACAAAGUAUCCAACUCUGUCAAUUAUGGCACGUGAUGUCCUGGCAAUGCCAGCUUCUGCUGUUAAUUGUGAAGCUGCAUUGAGCAGUGAGGGAAAUAUGAUUCAUAAGCAAUGGAGCACAUUAAAUAUCAAAACAAUUGAGGCUCUUGUAUGUACUCGAGAUUGGAUUAAAUAGAAAGAAGAUUACAAGCAGUUCAUAACCAUGGUGCUUCUAACUCAGGAACCUAGGAUGAUAUCAGAAAAGAGUGCACUGGCCAACAUCUUGCAGCCACUGGUAUGUGCUUGUAUAUUUGAGCGAAUCUUUCCCCGGGAGUGUGUAUUGCAGAAGCUAAAAAGGAGAGCUUCUAGGUGUUGACAUGUAUUAUGCAUUGUUGCCUAGGAUUUUGUUAGGCUUCUGGUGCAGAUUAUUUGUACAGUGCGAAUGAUGUGCUGCUGCUUUAACCUGAGAAGUCAUUUGAUAUUCUGUCUAUGUUAUCGUGGCGUACUGCAAAAUCUCAACUUGAAUUU